AUGGGCUUUCAGGAGUCCAGCAAUCUUCGCCUGUGCAUUGCAGACCCCGUCGAGUUUCUCUGCUGCACCGCGGUGCCGGAGGUGGGGCGACGCUACGAUCUUGCCAUGCUGGACGUCAGCGACGGGGCGGGGCGGGUGAGCACACAGUACGGCCGCCUCGAGUUCAUCAACAGCGUGCGCAAUAGUCUGACCGGCGCCAGCUGCGCCGUUGCGUCGCUUCCAAACAAAGACGGGGUUUCUUUGUACAACAUGGUGCAGAACUGGCGCAUGGCCUUUGCGGGGCGCACGGUGCUCCUUGUGCACUGCGCCAUCUCGCCGCAGACGCUGCUUAUGACGUUUCAGGAUUACGCAGCCCGCGGCAAGGCAAACUUUGGGAGUGUCACAAACGUGGAAGAGUUCAAGGACCUGCUGCGCACUAAACUUGUGCACUACGGCACGUGGCGUGCGCCAUUUGAGCUCACCAGGGGGGUGUCGGACAAGAACUUCCGCGUGCUGCACCCCAGCACCGUGUAA